AUGCAACUGGGAGAAGUAGUGGAUGUCAGAACCAAAAAGUUAGGGAAAACUGGUCGCAAGCCAUUUGAAAACUCUGAUGAGUGGCUUAUGUCUAUCCCACUUUACAAGAGAACCACAAACAUAAGUUAUAGUGUUGCUCUACAUGUCAAUCAUAUGGUGAUACACAGGUUAAAGAAAAGGGGCAGACUUAGGGCAGUGUCAGCAAGUAAUCACCCAGCAUCAUCAGAAAAUCACAAAGUUGCAAGGCUGAAGUGGGUUUUGCAACACAUUCAUCCAAUUCCAAGUGAGGGGGACCCUACAAUUAUGGAUAUGCAACAUCACAUACACAUUGAUGAGAAGUGGUUCUACCUAAACCCAGAGACAAGGACUUUCUAUCUAACCCCAAAUGAAGAGGUCCCAUACAGAGCACAACAGUCUAAAAGGUUUAAGAUAAAGGCAAUGUUCAUGGGAAUGGUGGGCAAACCACUUUAUGCUGCAGAUGGGACUCUUAUACACUCAGGGAAGUAUGGUUUGUUCCCUUUUGUGAAACAUGAGAGGGCAAAAAAGAAAAGCAAAAACAGAGAAGCAGGCACAAUGGAGACUAAAGCAAUUCAGAAUGUGAACAAAGAAGCUAUCAGGCACAUGAUUUUAGACAAAAUCAUCCCAACAAUUCAUGCACAAUGGCCAGCACAAUUAUCAAAGAAUAUUAUCAUACAAUGGGAUAAUGCUAGGCCAUAUCAAGUACCAAGAGAUGAAGAGUUUUUGGCAGCAACACAAGCUAAUGGGUUUAACAUUCAAUUUGUUUUCCAACCUGCCCAAGAGACGUACACUUGGAUCACACUACAGGCUUGCAUGAUUAAGGUGUUGGAAAAACAAGGUGGGAACAACUUCAAUCCACCACACAUGGGAAAAGCAAGGCAAGACAGGCAAGGGACUUUGGAGGACAUUUUGAAGGUAGACAAGACACUAAUUGCAGACACAGUGCAAUAUCUCAACACCCUCUUUGUUCCAACCACAGGACCUCAACCAGAAAGUGAAGAUAUGGAAGUAGAUGCAGAUUGA